AUGGGUCUGCUAGGUCACGUCAGUUCAGCUGUUUCGAAGACAGGUGGGAAAUUUUCUAACCAAGAACAUUUCCAUGAAGGCGCACAUGCUGAUGAUACUGAAGAGCUGAACGAAGAGCACGGAAAUAUUCUGUUAAGCCUCAUUAGCCAACUCAGAAUCGGUAUGGAUCUGUCCAAGGUGACAUUGCCUACUUUUGUUCUGGAGCCGCGAAGCAUGCUGGAGCGCGUUACUGAUUUUUUGAGUCAUCCCGAUUUGCUUUUCGGUGCGGACCGUUUGCAGAAUCCAGAGGAGCGUUUUUUGGCGAUUCUCACCUACUAUAUGUCAGGCUGGCACAUCAAGCCCAAAGGUGUUAAAAAGCCAUACAAUCCCGUAUUGGGCGAAUUUUUCCGCUGCAGCUACACUUAUGCGGAUGGGACCCAUGGCGUUUACAUUGCCGAACAAGUGUCUCAUCAUCCGCCGAUCAGCGCAUACUAUUACGUCUCACCUGAAAACAACGUGCUGAUUUACGGUGACCUUCGUCCUAAGAGCAAAUUUUUAGGAAACUCAGCCGCCACUAUUAUGGGUGGUGAGAGCCAUGUCGUGCUUCUAAAUAAGUUGGAUGAUGGGGAAUAUACCAUCAGCAUGCCCAAUAUGUAUGCGCGAGGUAUCUUGUUUGGCAAAAUGGUGCUUGAACUGGGCGACUACAGCGACGUAACAAAUGCUGCGAACAAUAUUUCAUGCCAUGUUGAAUUCAAGGUAAAAGGGUAUUUCGGCGGUAUUUACAAUGCCAUCGGUGCCAAAGUAAUUCAAAAUGGUCGCACCACGGGAGAGCUAUCUGGCAAAUGGAGUGACUUGAUGGAAUACAAGGAUGAACAGUCGGGUCAGUCUCGUGUGCUUUUUGAUGCCAAAUCGGCUGUCACAGCUCAGAAGAGCGUGCCACCACUAGAGGAACAAGAACCAAAUGAAUCUCAACGCGCGCUACCUGAUGCAUACCGCCCACCUGCUGCGGCCCAAUACUUUGCUACCAAACUUCGUUAA